AUGAUUCUCACUUCUGACUACGUCACGGGGAUGCGGCUGGUGGAUAAGCUGGAGAACAUGAAGCGGAAUGCGAUGGGGAACGGAGAGAGUCAGUGCAUCCUCUGCGGAGACGAGUUCGGCAUCCUCGGCGCCUCCCCGACCCACUGUGACGACUGCAGGAAGGCCGUGUGCACCAAGUGCGGUGUAGACACGACGAAUUCACACAACCAGCCGCUGUGGCUCUGUAAGAUCUGCAGCGAGCAACGAGAGAUGUGGAAGACGAUCGGGCAGCCCUGGUUCUUCAAGGGCAAUCCCCAAGUUACGUGA